AACGCCUACCAACACUUGUUGCUUUCUCCAUUUCUCCCACUAAAAGAAGAUGUUCAAUGGUUAGAUCUACCAUAACAUUGACAAAAAAUAUGAAAAAUCAAAACCUUCGGUGUGUUGUAAAAAAAUGUUUUGAAAGUGGGAAGCAGGAUAGCAGCUCCAUGUUCAAGUUUCCCAUGAAUCCGGUUAUUCGAAAAAAGUGGAUGGAGAACGUUGGCCUUUUGAAAGACUUUAAUUUAUUCAACAGUCGAGUGUGUAGGCGUCAUUUUGAGACGCAGUGUUUUGGCAAGGCGAAGCUAUUUUCCUGGGCAGUUCCGACCCUUUUUUUGGGUGAAAAAGAAGUUCUCCAUCAAAGCAGUAAACCACAGAAAGAUUACAUUCGAAAAUGUGUCAUCAAAAACUGCCCAUCACGAUCUCCUCCCGAAAGAUUACAUUUUUUUCCCACAAACCCAGAGUUGCGACAGGAGUGGAUGGAUAUAUGUCGCCUUUCCGUGGACAACAAGGUGCUUUUUAUUUGUGGCAGGCACUUCAGCCCCACUUUUCUGCCCAAUCGCAAAGGCAAUUUAAAAAAGAACGCCAUUCCAGAGCUCUAUUUGGAUGAAGAAGGUAGCGAUCCUCUCGGAAGGACCUUUAAGAGCGAAAAAGGCAUUCAAAGAAGAGUAUUGUGUCCCAAGAGCGAUGAUUCAGGCAUCGACGAUGAAAGCUACAAGGAGAGCAGGCCACAUGAGUCCUGCUCCAACUGCCUUGACCUCGAAAAGAAAUUGACAGAUGCACUUCUUCGAAUUGAGCAGCUCGAGAAAAACCAGAAGACUGAAACAGACAGCGACGAAGAGGAAGAACUGAUUUUCGUGCUUAUGAAAUAG